GACUACUUUAUUGUGUUUAAUCUACACCUUUCGUUCAUCUUUCUGUUACACUAUGAGAUGGACUGUUUGUUCGUCUUCCUUAUUCUGACGAGCCAAUGACCUGCUUCUACAUAUUUAUAUACCGCAAUUUGCUUCUAUUUUAAGUCAUUACAUUACUGUUGUUUGUUUGUGUCUGAAGUUUGCGAUGGAGGAGAGAUAUGAGCCUUUGAAGGAUCUCGGGUCUGGAAAUUUCGGGGUGGCUAGAUUGGUCAGAGAUAAGAAGACUAAGGAACUUGUUGCAGUCAAAUACAUAGAAAGAGGGAAGAAGAUUGAUGAGAAUGUUCAGAGGGAGAUCAUUAACCACAGAUCUUUGAGGCAUCCAAACAUAAUCCGCUUUAAAGAGGUCUUGUUGACUCCUACUCAAUUAGCCAUUGUCAUGGAAUAUGCCGCUGGUGGUGAACUAUUUGCCAGAAUUUGCAGUGCUGGUCGAUUUAGUGAAGAUGAGGCAAGAUUUUUCUUCCAGCAGCUAAUAUCUGGUGUAAGCUACUGUCAUGCCAUGGAAAUUUGUCACAGGGAUCUGAAGUUGGAAAACACAUUAUUGGAUGGAAGUCCAACACCACGUGUAAAAAUAUGUGACUUCGGUUACUCUAAGUCAGGAUUGUUGCACUCACAGCCCAAAUCCACUGUUGGAACUCCAGCAUACAUUGCUCCAGAGGUCCUGGCACGAAAGGAAUAUGAUGGAAAGAUUUCAGAUGUUUGGUCUUGUGGUGUGACGCUCUAUGUGAUGUUGGUGGGUGCCUAUCCCUUUGAGGAUCCAGAAGACCCUAGAAAUUUUCGUAAGACCAUCGAUAGAAUAAGAAGUGUUCAGUACUCCAUACCCGACUAUGUACGUGUGUCUGCAGACUGCAGGCAUCUCCUUUCUCGGAUUUUUGUUUCUGAUCCUUCAAAGAGGAUUACUAUCCCAGAGAUCAAGCAGCACCCUUGGUUUCUAAAAAAUUUGCCGAAAGAGCUUAUCGAAAUCGAGGAAACAAACUUUAGGGAAGCAUUACAUGACCAACCAUCUCAAAGUGUUGAAGAAAUAAUGCGAAUCAUACAAGAAGCAAAGACCCCAGGUGAAGGAGCCAAAGUGGGCGCACAAGCCAGUGCAGGGGAUGAUGACCAUGAUGAUUUGGAGGGCGACAUAGAAUCUGAGGUAGAUGUCAGUGGUGACUAUCUUCCCUGACUUUACAAAUCAGAUGGAAAGGGAUUUGUAUUUGAAACGUGUAGUGUUCUCAAUCAGCAGUAGCAUUAAUUAAUAAUGUGUUGGCAAAAUUGUACAGUAUAUUGGAUAGUGUUGCCUUACAAUAUUAGUACUGAACCAAUUUGGCUGCACGUACCAUGUACUGAAAAGGGUUCUUGUAUUUAUUAUGAACCACAUAUAACUAUUUUGCCUUUAUGAACAAUUUUUUUCUGGGUA